UCUAGCUAUGAAUGUGAAUAUUUAACUGUCAAAUUAUAGUAGCUUUUCUAAGGAUAAAUAUGCUGUGAUUUAGUGAUUCAGACGUUCGUGGCAAGUUUAAUAACUUUAACUAGUAAAUAAUUACUUUAGUUGUCUAAUAAAUUACUUACUGUCUAUUCUAAUUAGUGGAACCGAUAUAUUUACCACACCCAGAGGUUUUGUGUUUUAAAACUCUUAUCUGUAAAAGGAUUCAUAAUUACAAUAUGCCGGCGUAUCAUUCGACAUUAACUGAUUACACGCAAUCAGUUGGAAACUUGGCUCUGUUGCCUUUGCGCACUACUUACAGAGGCCCAGCGCCCACCAAUCCUAAACAAGAAUUGGACGUUAUCGACGAAGCACUUAACUAUUUUAAGGCCAAUGUAUUCUUUAGAUUUUAUGAGAUUAAGUCUGAUGCAGACAGAGUUCUUAUAUACUUAACUCUGUAUAUUUCGGAAUGUCUAAAGAAAUUGCAAAAGUGCUCUAAUAAGAAUCAGGGUCAGCAGGAAAUGUAUAUGCUUGCCAUAUCUAAAUUUGACAUCCCCGGAGAGCCUGGAUUUCCUCUUAAUUCAGUUUAUGCUAAACCCACCAGUACUCAAGAAGCAGAUUUGAUGAGACAAUAUCUGCAGCAAUUGAGGCAUGAAACUGGUAACAGGGUGUGUGAGAAGGUGUUUGCAACAGAAGAUGGCAAACCAAGCAAGUGGUGGCUCUGUUUUGCUAAAAGGAAAUUCAUGGAUAAAUCUCUGUCAGGGCCGGGCCAGUAAACAAAAUAGCUUAUAAUUAUGUUCUCUCUUUAUUAUAUUUUUGUUAUAUAAUUGACAUUAUUUGUAUCUUGCAUUUCAGUAUCAUCA